AGACACACAUCUGCUGCCAGACCAGAAGGGAAAAAGUCAUACAAUUUAAAGUGAGCUAAAGAAGUUAUGAUCAGUGUGUCUGCUCAGUCAGAUUUUGCCAGUUUGGGCCCCUCAAGCUUGGCUCUGGACACAUCAUCCCUGCUGGGCUGUAGAAGGCGAUCUCACUCUCUUCAGGGAGCAGAAGAGUCCAAGCAUGCUCCCCAGCAGACUCGUCCUGUCACCAGGGGUGGCAGACCUCGCUCAAGAUCCUUCUACAGCUUUGAGACAUCUGAGGACUACAAAGAAGGAAAUAUCACCUGGUGCGAUGCGUUGAGUCCAAAGACAAGAUCGUUAUUUCAAUACGAUGUGUGCAAAAAUGCAGACAGUGCAACCAAACCUGCACUUAAAAGAUCAAAGGCAAACCCAAAGAAAGAUCUAAAUGGGAGCAGAGGCAGUUUGAAGAGUGUGCCGAUGAUGACCAUUGCAGAGCCAGACAACUGGGAGAUUAGUGCCGGUUCAGGUAUGAAGUACGGUCAGUAUGUGGAAUGGGAGAAAAUUGACCCCGAAGCUGCUGUGCGUUAUGGCCAGAUGCUCACCAGCAGCCAUCACCAGCUCAAAUCCAUGGGCCGCACCGGGUUCUGGGCUCUGCCCCACACGCUGAGGGCCAAGGCCUACUCCCACAUCAUUAGCGGCAUUGCUAGACAGAGCCCUAGCCAAGACUUAGACGUCUACCGUCGCUUGACCGAGCAGUUGUUUGAGGAGCAAAAAAUCAGCACCCACCCGUUUCCAGUGUUCAUGGAGGACGGGGAGAUCCCCAGGUACUGCCUGAACAAGGCCGGCUUGAACUCGGUCAAGAAGAUCCUGGUGUGCAUCAGCAAGCACUGUCCCGAGGUGACGUUCUGCCCCAUCCUGCCGGCGCUGGUCUCCCUGCUGCUCCACUUCAGCGAGGACGAGGCCCAGUGUUUCCACAGCAUCUGCUGCCUGAUCAACUACACCUGCCCCACCAAGCGCUACAUCGACAAGACCUUCCACACGUCCAGGGCCUCCUGCAUGACCUUCGGCGACCUGGCCAACAGGUACUGCCGCGGAAUCCGCAAGCUCAUCGCCUGCUCCCACCAGAACCUCUUUGAGUUCUACUCGGACUGGAUCAUGUGGAUCUUUGCCGACCUGCCCUUCACGUACGCCAUCCGGGUGCUGGACGUGUACCUGCUGGAGGGCUACAAGGUCCUGUUCCGGGUGGCCCUUUCUCUGCUGAGCCUGUACAAGGUGUCUGUGGCCUCGCGAGUGGCCCACACGGAUGACUUUCGGAGGGACAUGAAAAGCUUUAUGCAGAACAUCGGCAGACAUAUUACUAUUGAUGACCUGAUGAAGAAGGCGUUUGUGAUUCAGCUCCCUCCACGUAAGGACCUCAACUACCUCUUCAAUGCAAACAAGGAUGCUCUGAUCCACAGAGGCAUCGAUCAGAGACAAUGCUAUCAACACCUGGACCUGGGGAAGUUCACGUCCAACGUGGUGACGGGGACGGAGAUGAGGGUCGUCUGGGCUUGGAUACCUGAGCGCUUCGCCCUCUUCAAUCCCUCCAGGCUGUUCAGCAUCCAGGAGCAUGGCAGGAGCCUGUCCACGUUGUAUUCCCGGGUUUUGGGCCACAAACCAACAGUUUUACUUCUCAAAACUGCAGAUGAGGAGGUCUGUGGUGCAUUCUUAUCAGCUAUCAUGGGACAGAAAAAUGAUAGUGGCGAGGAACUCUCAUUCUAUGGAACUGGAGAAUGCUUCGUAUUCAGAUUGAGACCAGGCAUGCAACGCUACCAGCGUGCUCUCACUCAAAUCUCAGCGACACUGAACAGGGCUGAGUUCCCCAAGAACCCCCAAGAAUGUACAACAGGACACCCUGGUGGAUGCAAGUUCACUUCAAUGUUCUGGGCGGGGGAUGAAAGGAAGUUUAUUAUCGGUGGCAAUGGGGGAUCGGCACUCUGUCUGCAGGCUGACCUAGCAGAGGGCUACACAGAGCGCUGUGACACGUUCGAGAGCCCUCCACUCUGCAGGGGCCAUUUCAAGAUCCAGUCCCUGGAGGUGUGGGGUGUCCAGAGCCCCCAGUCACUUUCCGCCAUAUCCCAUAGGACAUAGAGGGAGCAGGAGGAAGAGGAGGAGGAAGAGGAGGGAGGAUGUUUUUUUUGUUUUUUAAUUAUAUAGUGAACAACAGCAUCUUCACGUACAUUGUUAUAUAAGUGCUAACCAACCUUGAGUACAUAUCCACACUCUUUAGCCCUGACAUUUACUUUAAUAAUGUUAUUUUCGUUCUAUAGGCUAUCCAUUAUUUUUCCAGAUAGUUCUGGAGAGGUCUGACAUCAUUUCAACCAUGUCAGCUGCAUCUGAUUUAUCAGUAUGCUACAGAAAUGUAUUGGUAUGACCAUUUCUACUAUCCUAAUCAUGAUGUCAUCAUUUGCAGAGCAACACACUGAUUCUAAAUUGAGUCAGGCUGCCAGUCACCAUAAUCACGCAUAUGUAAUACCAAAUUAUUUUUCUAUUUGUAAGUUGUGUGUUUCUAUGAUGUAGUUUCUCUCAAUAAAAUAUACAUUUUUCACGUUUUA